AUGAGUUAGGUUUUUUUAUAUUUUCAAGAGUUAUUCUUAUAUAAUUCAAUUUUUUAAAUAAUUAAAUAAAUUAAAAAUAUUGCAAAACAAACUCUUGAAAGAAAACUUUUUUCAAAAAUGUAACAAUUUGUAAGCUAUUAUUAUGAUAUUUAGAAAGUUUUGGAAGAAAAUAAGACUUCUGAGACUAGUCUUUCUAUAGAUCUAAGUUAUAAAGAAAUUAGUGUGUAGCAAACAUAAAACUUAAGCAAAUUUUUAUAUAAAUGCAAAAAUAUUUCAUACUUGGUGCUAUCUCUAUUAGGUAACAAAAUAGGUACAGAAGGUACAAAAGCUUUAGGAAUUUGUCUAGAAAACUGCUUAAACAUUAAAACUUUAGUUCUCACGCUUGGUAUGAACAAAAUUUGUGAUGAAGGAUUAAUUCACUUAGCUAAAGGCUUAGCACAAUUAAAGAACAUGACAUACUUAGCAUUUUAUUUAGUUAGCAAUUAGAUUAAAGCAGAGGGGGCAUAAAAAUUAGGAGAAUCUCUGGGAGAGUGUUCGAAUCUCACAACUUUGACGGUCUCUUUAAAUGAUAAUAAAAUUGGGUUUGCUGGAGCUUAAAAAUUGGUGUAAGGUUUAUCUAAAUGUUAAAAGCUCACAGAGUUAGUUUUGGAAUUCAUGUAUAACAAACUUAAUGAUAAGGAUUUAAGCAUAGGUUUGGCUUUAUAGAACUUCUAAUAAUUAACAAAAUUAUCUCUUAAUGCUGAUAAAAAUUAAAUUGGUAAUCUUGGUGCUGCAGCUAUAGGUAAUUCAUUAGUUAGUCUUAAAAAUCUUAGUAGCUUAAAUCUUAGCUUAAAUGAAAAUAAUAUUGAUGAUGAAGGAUUUUCUCAAAUUUGCUCUUGCUUACAAAAUAUGAUCAAACUCUAAAAAUUGGAGCUUUAUUUUAGCUACAAUAGAAUUAAAAGUGAAGGUUUGUUGGCAUUUCACUCUGCUUUAAUCAAUUGUGAAACUAUUAAGGAAUUGAUAAUUUUUCUAGACUUUAACAGAAUUGAUAAUGAAGGUCUCUUUUAUUUAGGUUCAGCUUUAUCUAAAUGCAAAAGAAUUCUGUUUUUGACUAUUCAACUUGAAUAUAACUAUUUUGAUACAUAAACUUUGCAUAAGUUCAAAACACAGAUGGAAAAGUCAAGGAGUCUGUUAAUAUACUCAUUUGAUUUAGAUAUCUACAUUACUAAUAAAAAUUACCAAGAAUUAAUUUUUGAUGAAGAUGAUGUAGAUGAUUAUAUUAGUGAUAGUCAAAGUGAUAAAGAGAGUGAUAGUAUCGAUUCAAUUAAAGAAAAUAAUAAUCAAUAAGAAGAUUAUCAAUCAAUAUUAGAUUGA